GUACAACCAGCUAGCAUGAUCAUUAGAGAAUCAGUCAUGCUGCUGUCCGGCGUGGCUCGAGCGGUCACACAGCACUGCCGCAGGACUCCUGUCCUCACGCUCUUCACCAAGGAGCUGUGUCCUCUGUGUGAUGAAGCCAAAGCAGCGCUGGAGCCCUACAGACACAGAUUUGAGCUGCAGGAGGUGGACAUCACUCGGCCGGAGAACAGAGUCUGGUUUGACAGAUAUCAUCAGCACAUCCCGGUCUUUCACCUGAACGGACAGUUUCUGAUGCAGCAUCGUGUGAACGCAGUGCUCCUGGAGCGGCGUCUGGAGGAGGCUCAGUAACGUCUGGAGAAGCGCCAGCUGCACCUGAUCCUGCUCUCUCUGCGUCAUCACCUUCAGUCGCAUCAUUCUGAAGGAAGCAUCAAGCGUCCAAUCACCCACAAUCCUUUGCACUCAUCUAGCUCACAGAAAACAAUCAGCACUGAGCUCGACCCAUUUCAUUAUGCGAUGCAAGAUAAAAUAAUACAUUUGGGAGAUGAAGGAUUAAAUGUUUUCUUCAGUUUUGUUGUGAAUGAAUCACAUAAUGCUCAACUGCGUGAUGUAAAUCCCUGGCGCUUGUCAUUACCUGCAUUGAAUUAAUAGAAAGAUUUCUAAUAUAAAGUAUUUUUCUGUAAUUCAUUUUUUUGUGUUAUGACUGCAGUGCAUUCUCCACAUCAAUAAGCCAGUGGCCAAUGAUUGCUACAGAAAUAUUUGUCUCUGAAUUAGGAACGAAACAGUUUUUACUGUAUAUUAUGGUGUUAAUGUAGUCAGCCACAUAACUGAUGUGGUGUUAAGACAGCAGCCAAUCACCACUCCAAAUUAACAUACAUGUCACUGUUGGUUCAACUUUGCUUUUUGAACAAGAACAAAAUGACUCCAAAAAAUGAAUAACCACUUCUCCCUUAAUAAUAGAUAUAGUGCUAUUAUUGUUUUUAACUGAUGUGCAACCUGUACAUAUAUGUUAACAUCUCAAAAAAAUGUGUUUUAGGGUUUCAUGACCCUUUAAACGUGAAGAGCUGAACAUCUGCAGAAUCGCUGCUCUCCUGUGGACUGUCCCAGCUCCGUCCGGUGCUUUUAAUUCAAUACUGUGUGUUUUAUACACCACUCAAGCAGCUCUUCUGCUCCAGAAAGCAUUAGCUGGACAAAGAGAACUGUAAAAAGGCAGAUGUCAGCUGAAGCAGCAAACUACAUGACCGCAUCGUCAUCAGAUACUGAAUCAAGCUCAUCCAACACUGUUCAUUCCUCUUUCAAGCAGGAGUCGUGCUUUCAUGACCAGAAAUAAGACAGAAGCUGGUGAGAGGGCUUUUCUAAAACCUCUCGUGUUCACAAAUCAGACGUGCACAUUAGCGACCAAGAGUAAUGAAAGAAAACCCUGAAAAUACAUUCAACACUUUACUCAAUCAUUUGAAGUAUAAAGGCUGCAGCAAAAUAAAGCAUGCAUUUCUUAAAAUAAAAGGUUAAAAAUCAACAGUGUAUGCGUAAGGCUAGUGUUUGUUAGAUAGUACAGACAAAAGCAGUACAAAAUAACACUUCAGCUCUGACAAUCUGAUCGGUAAAAAACAUACAGUACUGAAUCUUGAGGUUUAACGGCAGUGUUUUCAUCGAUCACACGGCCUCACGCAGACGUGCAGCACACAGUCGAAGAGAGACCCAAUGCUGCACCUCUUCAGCAGGAAUAGACAAAGCACUCAUGGUCCAGCUCUGCAGGAUAAAAUCAGACCUGUGCUACAUGUUCCUGCGGUCUGUCUGCAGAAGAGAUGCGUCAUCACGUAGUGAACUACUUCUGAACAGCUGCUUUAAAUACAAUGACACAUCCAUAUUCAAACUAGCAUGCAAAUGAGUCUACUGUCUAUAAUAAUCUCACUAAAAACUAUGAGCCAUUAUAAAUCUGUCUAUAAAAGAGACCUAAAAUGCCAUCUUAUAAAAUUAAUAUGAACAUGAUUU